CGCAGGCGCACUCGCCGCCCGAGCAGCGGCUUUCAAGAUGGCGGGAGUGUGUCAGGCGACGAUGCUUUUGGGGCUUUUUCUCCUCCUGGCGGAGAGUUAUCAGACAUUGGCAGGAGUGGUGACAACCCGUGAUCCAAACCCUGUGGCAGAUGAGUUUACCGCCGUAGAAUUAUCCUGCAUUACCACCUACAAUCCAAGUGGCGAGCUUCGUGUUGAAUGGAAGAAAUUGAAUGCUGGCACCGAUUUAGUUUAUUUUGAAAACCGGCUUAGAGGAGAUUUGGUUGGUCGUGCAGAGGUCCAGGGCUGGUCUAUACACAUAAACAAUGUGACUCGGAAAGAUGCUGCAGUGUAUCGCUGUGAAGUAGUACGUAAAGAAGAGGGAUAUUUGGGUGACGUUUCUGUUAACCUAACAGUACGAGUGAGACCAAUUACACCACAAUGUACUGUACCUAAAUCCGUGCCAGUGGGGAAGACUGCAGUUUUGACAUGUAAUGAAAAUGAAGGCUAUCCACCAUCCAAAUAUAUUUGGUACAGAAAUGGUGACCCAGUUCCAGAUGACCCAAAAUCAAAUUUAAAGUUUCGUAAUUCUUCUUACAAAAUAGACUCCGCUGCAGGAACUCUGCACUUCAGUGUCAUCUCAAAACUGGACAUUGGAGAAUACCAUUGUGUUGCGGAAAAUGUUGUUGGAAAUGCGAAGUGUGAACCUCAGCACAUGGAAGUUUAUGACAUUAAUGUUGCUGCGAUAAUUGGUGGUGUUCUUGUUGUAGUUCUUGUUUUACUAUUUAUAACCAUCGUCAUCAGGCUUGCAUAUAAACGAGGAUACUUCACAAAGAAACAAUCUGAAAAGGGUUACCAGGCCUCUUCAAAAGCAGAUGAUGUUGACUAUGUCAGAUCAAAUCCUGUGGACAAUGAGGGAGAUUUCCGACACAAAUCAUCCUUUGUUAUCUAAAAUGGGAGAAGACCAGAGAACUGAAGACAACAGACACACUUUGUAAAGGAGCUUAAACCAAUAGUGAAUUUAAAUAUUUAUGUAUGGGUCACAAAUCUAUAAAAGGUUAAUAUCCAGAGACUUGCAACAAUAUGACUUUUUGCCAAAGCUGUUGACCACUAUUUGCUGCCACUAAAUUUAAUUUACAUUUUUGAUAUCAAAAGUUGUCUUGGUGCUGGUAACAAGGUUCCCUAAUUAUCUGCUGUUGUAAUAUAAGGCUAAAGCCCCAGUAUCAGAUUCUGAAAAAAAUUAUAUAUACAUGAAAGGCCAAGAAGCAGUAUACUUUAUCAGUUAUAUCACAAUUCAAAUAAUAGACUCAAAUCAUUGUUUUGUUCUGAGAUUGUAUUUUCCUGUAUUUAGUUCAAGGUUUUGAAAAUCAGAAUUGCUUGUGAAUAAUAUCUAAGUUGAUGAGUACUUUUUUUUAGAUAUCUCUCCAGAUCCUGUAUUCAUUUGAAAUCAAAGUUUAUUUAAUGGAAACUUGUGCAGAAAGUGUAAAAGUAUUCAAAAUAUUGUUAAUUCAUUAAACUAGAGCUCUGCAUUAACAAGCAAACUACUAAGAAAUUACUCAAGGUAAAAAUAGAAAUCUAUAAGGCGAUCAUCGGUCAAACUAUUUCAAAGAUUGAGGUUUUCAAUACUCGCUUCUUAGUGUUGAAAUGUUAAGCCAACAAAAUUACUUGAUGGCUUUUUUUAAAACGUAAAGUCAAAAAAAAACUAUUAAAUAAACUUUGAAGAAAGGGUAUUGAAAAAUGCCAACGUUUAAAUCAAUUUUUUUUCAGCAGACCUGCAAAUUCAAAUGAAUGAGUAGAACGGUAAACAAAACCUUUUUACAACUGAGGAACAUGGGAAAGUUUUGCACUUGUAACAUUCCCACUCUGACCCAAAAAAACACAAUUCAGGCCAGUAUUUAUUUUAUCAGGGAUUUUUACUAUUUAACCACUUGAUUAGUAGCAAACGUUUUCAGUUUUGGAGACACAAUCAAAGAGAUGAUCUUUCGCUAUUCUUUGAAUUUAAAAUUUGUCUCACUUACUCUUAACUCAAAGACUUAAAGCUUGUUAGACCCAAAUGACCAAAUUAAAUACAGCUUUGAACUUUUCCAUUCAAACAACUAUAAACGAUCAAUCAAAAGGGCAGUUUGAAUUUUACAAAAUAGGAAGAAGGGUUGCUCCCAAAAAAGAACUUUUUUUUGCAGUCUUAGCUAUAUAAUACAAACUAAGCAUUAAAAAGCAAGUCCUACAUUUAUAUAGCACCUUGACAACCAACAAGUGUCAUCUUUUAUUGUGCAGGAAGUCGAUGGGCAGUUAAGAUUCCAUACAAAAAAGUGAGAAACCAAGUAAUAAUUUUGCAAUAUUAGGGGAUUGAUACAUUUGUCAUGAUUAGGAGACCUUGUUUUUCUAUGAAUACUGUCACAGGAUCUUCAAUGUUUACCUGGAUCGGUAAACAGCCUUGAUUCAACCGAACCUCUUAGUGAGAGUAUGCAGCGUUAUCAAAGUGCCAAUUUAGAUUCUGAGACUUGAACCAGCACCUUUUUGCUUACUCAAGUCUUUAACACAUGCACAGUAUUAAUGAUAAAACAAAAUGGAUCUGGUGGCGUCAGAGUCCACUGAUUUGCAUUUUAUAAUUUAAUAUUUCUAAAUGUUCUUACUUUUACAAAAAUAAUAUCAAUAAACAUGUCAAAACCUUGAUUCCUAACUUGCACACUUUUUGUAAAAUGAUAGUGAUGUGUAUAUUUUAGAUGCAUUUAUACUACAGCUAUACUUGUGUAAAGUUUCUCUCUUUUGGGGGCUAGAGAUCAUUAAGUGAAAUUUUGAAGAAUUCAAAUCUAUUGUGGCAUGCUUAAUUCACUUCACUGAAGCUUGCAAGUACAGAUGUUGAACUUCAUUCCAACUUAAAGGCAGCCCCAAACCAGUUUCAUUUUGUCUAGUCCUCAUAGUAAAUCUAUGAUGGGCUCUGUGCAUGUGUAGAUUAUACCCCAACAGUCCACCCCCAAGAAGUUGCUUCAGUUUGUUCAUUUUUUAAACAAAUCAUGCAGCCCAAUGAUUUUCAUAAAUGUGAAACCAUCCUCAAUUCUCCGUUCAAUUUUGAUGUAUCCAAAAAGGAAACAUGCUAUUCCUUCCAAAGGUUUGUUCAAUUAAUUUAUAGUAUAAAGGGAGCAGAGUAAUCCUGGACACUUUGUAUAUAUCAAUAUUGAUAACUCUGGCUUUAAUCUAUACUAUAGGUUGUAUUAGAAAUGCAUAUCAUACUAGUUAAACACUUCUGUAUGGAAUCUAAUGUAAAAUUUGAAGUGAUUAGAAAUAUAGGAACUGUUUUUGUGGAUUUCAUAAUCGAGAGAAAACGUACUAAUUUUGUCUGACCUGACCUAACAUGAUUUGGUUGUUUCAGAAGACAGGGAUUGCAUUUUAUAGUUCAAUACUGUGUGAUUUUCAGAUAUUGGGGAAAAAAAAAAUCACUGAACAUUAAGUGUUUCCUUAUUUUUUGUUAUUGCACUGGAGUUAGUAUAUUUUGUUAAAAAUGUUGUUUUAUAUUCUGUAAUGCUGAGCUAUGUGUUCUUAUUAACAAGUUGACAAACUUUUGAGGAAUAAAUAUCACUUUUGGAUUGUAA